AAUGGGUUGUCAGGGAGCAGCUGCUUUCACGACCUUCCUCUCUGCACCUUUGUCACCGCGUGGUUCGGGGAUGAGUUCAGUGCCCCUUGCCAGCUUGCUGAGAUUCCAUCUCUUGGUGCCAGCUUGGCCCCGAGCAGGCAGUGCCGAGUGCUGUGCCCUGGGACCAGCAUCCAUGGGUCUCCCAGGGCACUGGGGCACCUGCAGAACCUUCACCAGGGGGGAUGCUGCCCUUUGCCAGGAAGUUUGUUGCCGGUGCUGACCUUGGAGGUCCCUCCCUGCCUGUCGGGAUGAGAAGGUCAGCCUCUGUUGUCAAGGUGUAGCUCCUUGUUAGGUUAGGUUUGAACUGAGCCACUGCUGGAUCCCAAGAAAAACUGUUUGCCGGGUUUUACUGAGGACUGGCUGCUCCUCGCAGGAUGCCCCGGGCAAAGGUUGGUGUUUGGCAGCAGGAGUUGCUGUCUGUGCCUGGUCUGGGUGACUGGGGCUGUGUUGUGUGCUCCUACUCUCCCUGUGUCCUGCCUGACAUACAUGAUGCUUUGAGAUGUCGGGGAGCCAGCCGCAGAUGGGGAGAGCUGUGCCCUGCCUGCGCUGCCGAGGGACCUGCAUGGGCUUCGAGCCACACUCCUGGAGGAAGAUCUGCAAGUCGUGCAAGUGCAGCCAGGAGGAGCACGGCCUGAGCUCGGAGCUGGACGAUGACCGCAAGGUCGGGCGCCUGCUGGCCGACUCCAGGUACUCCUCGCUGACCGCGCGGCUCAAGGGCGGCGACGGCGUCCGCGUCUACAAGAGGAACCGCAUGAUCGUCACCAACCCCAACAUCUCGGGCAAGGACCCCACCUUCGACACCAUCACCUACGAGUGGGCUCCUCCGGGGCUCGCCCAGAAGCUGGCCAUGCAGUACAUGGAGCUGAUCCCGAGGGAGCUGCAGCCGGUGGCGGGCACAGACGGGGCGCUGCAGCGGCGGCGGCGGCUGGCCAGGCAGCUCCCGCUGUACGACCAGGACCCGGCGCAGUGCCGCGGCCUCGCCGAGGGCGAGCACCGCCUGAUGGAGGAGUUUGUGAAGAAGUACAAGGCCGAGGCGCUGGGCGUGGGGGAGGUGGCACUACCCGGCCAGGGCGGCGGCGGGAAGGACGAAGGGAAGCCCCAGGAUAAGAGCAUCGACUCCAGCAAACCCCCUGAGUCCACCAACGGGGCCCUGGAAAGCGUGGCCGGGCACUACCGCUGCGAGACCUGCAAGCAGGCGGUGCCCGGGGACUGCCCCGUGGUCUACGCGGACCGGGCCGGCUACUCCCGCCAGUGGCACCCGGCCUGCUUCGUGUGCUGCCGCUGCUCCGAGCCCCUCGUCGACCUCAUCUACUUCUGGAAGGGCGGGGCCGCCUGGUGCGGGCGCCACUACUGCGAGAGCCUUCGGCCCCGCUGCGCCGGCUGCGACGAGAUCAUCUUCUCGGAGGACUACCAGCAAGCAGAGGGGCUGGCCUGGCACAAGAAGCACUUUGCCUGCCUGGAGUGCGAGACGCCGCUGGUGGGCAAACCCUUUGCCCUGGCCAGCACCAGCCUCCUGUGCACCAUCUGCAGCCAGAGCAAGCGCCUCUGAGGGGGGCAGCCGGGGCCCCGCGGGCCCCCCGAGGUCCCACCAGGACUGGGGGCAUUGGGCAAGUACAGGAGAAGAAGGUUAAAGAAAUCAGAGCCUGAGUAUUCACUUGCAUCCAGCACAGCCCGGGGCGGGUAUUUUCUUGGGGUGCUCUUGGAUCUGAAGGGAACCCUUAUGCCCAUGGGUGGGAGGUGCAUGGCAUACCUGGCAAGGAAGGGCUGUGCAGUGCUGGUUUUUAUUGUCUGUCCAAGCUUCUUAUGACUAAGAUCUUGCAAUAGUAUUUUGGAAAUAACACAUCUCAACAGUAACUUCUGGCAUACUAAACCUACGGUCAUGGUCAAAACCAAGGGGUGUUUGUGGUUUUUGAAAUCCUUACUGGAAUUAGGCUGACAGGCUGCUGUGGCUGUGCUAGGGCAGUGGGUUUGAGGAAUUUGAUCAACCUUCUAAAAGCAAAUGGUGUAAAAUUGCAGCCACACGCAGCCGUAGCUUUGUCCUCUGCACGUGCAAUGGUGUAAAACCAAGAAGUGGGCACACAGGGGGAUGGGCUCAGCCCCGUGAGAGGGGCAGGGCACAGCUCUGCCUGGGCAGCAACUGGCUCAGCCCCUGGAGCUGCAGCCAUGGAACUGGAACACAAAUAAUUUUGUGGAAAACCGCUUUCCAGCCUAAGGUGUCCUGGGGGGCAGGGAGGGUGUGUCCCUGAGAUGCUACAAUGCUACUUUACCCUGCAAUACAUCAGUGACCCCUCCAAGUACCAGGGAGCUGUACCUUCCCCUCUGAGCCAGCAGCACCUCACCC